UCUUUACUAAAGACUCAUAUUUCUCCUCUUAUAUUUUCCACACUUCUAUUCAAAUACGUAAUUCAUCACCGAUCUAUCACAGGAAAAUGUCUCUCUCGUCGGAGAAACCCUCCUUUUCUCUAUUAGUCUUACUAUUUCUCACCAUCACCAUCACCUCCUCCGCCCACAAUAUCACGAGUAUACUCGCAAAACACCCUGAAUUCUCAACCUUUAACCGUUAUUUAACCCUUACUCACUUAGCUUCCGAGAUCAACCGCCGCCAAACCAUCACCGUUUGCGUGGUGGAUAACGCCGCCAUGGAUGAUCUUCUUGAUAAACACAUGUCCAUUUAUACUCUCAAGAAUGUCCUGUCUCUUCAUGUUUUUGCAGAUUACUUUGGUUCCAAGCAACUUCAUAGAAUUACUAAGGGAACAACCCUCACUGCCACCCUUUUCCAAGCUACAGGUGAGGCUCCUGAAACUUCAGGGUUCGUCAACAUUACGAACAUGAAAGGUAAAAAAGUAGGGUUCGCCACAGAAGAUAACGACGGUCAUUUCUCAGCCAAUUUCAUCAAAUCCGUUCAAGAAAUUCCUUAUAACAUCUCCGUCAUACAACUUAGCAGCAUCAUAACAUCUACCGCCGCGGAAGCUCCGGUGGCUGCUCCGGCAGACGUUGAUUUAAUUGAUUUAAUGUCCAAAAAAGGUUGCAAAGAAUUCGCAAAACUUUUACAAAAUUCAAAAAUUUCGAAACAAUUUAUCGAUCUUAUGGAAAAUGGCCUAACAGUGUUUUGCCCGAUUGAUAAAGUUGUUAACACUUUUUUACCUAAGUACAAAAAUUUAACAAAAAAUGGACAAAUUUCUUUGUUAUUAUACCAUGGUAUACCAGAUUAUCAUUCUUUAGGUAUGUUAAGGUCCAAAAAUGGAUUUAUAAAUACUAUGGCAACAACAAAAGGUAAAAAUAAUAAAUAUGAUUUUUCUAUACAAAAUGAUGGAGAUAAUGUAAAACUGGACACAAAUAUUGUUACAGCAAAAAUUACUGGGACUUUAUUAGAUGAAGAGCCAUUAGCAGUUUACAAAAUUGAUAAAGUUUUGCAGCCAAGUGAAUUAUUUAAGGCACAAUCUAUUAAUUCUGACGAUACGGCGCCAGAGCCGAGCUCCGGUGACAACGAUGGCGACGUACCGGCGGAUUCGAGGAAUAAUAAUGGGGGUAUGAUUAUGAAUGUCAAUGGUGGUUGGUUGAUAACAUUUAUUUUGAGUUUUGGUUUCGUAUUUGGUUGAAUAAAUUAAUUUGUGUUUUUGGCAUGCAUGCAUGCAUCAUUAUUUGAUUGUAUAUUGUAUGAU